AGCUCCUCAGAUCAGAACACAAGUAGUCAAGAGAUUUGUCCAUCUAAUUCACCAUACUACUCUGAUUCAGGUGAGACUCAUACUCUUUCAGCUCUGUCAAGGAACAGAAGAACAUUAUAUUCACGUUCAGAUUCUGGAAUAUCAUCCUUGCCGGGAGCGGACAUCGACAUUUGGAGGCCCGCCCGGGGACUGAUCACCCCCGAGACGUGGAAGUGGACAACGCUCCAGUACAGAGCUGCGAGACAGGUGAGUUGGGGAUAAGCCUGGGCUCUGGGUGGCGCGCACCUACAGGGCUUUUAGACUCCCCUCAGGCUCACGCGUAAGUGGCGGAUUCCUUGGGCCUCACGCGGUGAGUAACAUAUUAAAAGAUGGGAAACAUGUUAGGUAGCAACACUAAGAGCGAGGGUGGUUGUGGAGAAAGCUCUCAAGAGCUUACAAAAGUACGCAGGGUAUCUGAGCAGGCCCAGUCAGGGAGCUCCCGAGAGGGGUCCGUCAAGGGGAACAAGGAUGCUAAGGAGGAGGACGGGGCUCUAGCCUCGGAGUCGUCUGACUCCGAGGACGAGGGAAAGUUGAAUGGCAAGGGGGCCAAAGAGACCAGCUGUCAGGAGCCUAAGUCGCUCAAUAAGGAGUCGCAGGGUUCUUUUCCAGCGUUGCCCCGCGAAUUGCGCUCUGCUCAACCUGGUCUGCGGAGGAGUAGAGAGCUCCUGAGCGCUCCCCGGCGCAAGAGGGAGGCGAAGCCUUCCGCCCCACCUUAGGGGCCGUUUCCUGAGGCGAUUCCUCGCCACGAGGCGGCCGCCUGGGAGCUCUCUCCCCUUUCGCCAGAACAGGAAGUGAUGCACGGGCCCCCAUUUUCCGCCCAAUCACGGCCGCCGUCUUAUGCUCCGCCGCCGGCGGGUCGGUAUUUUUACAGGCGGCUUUGGCAGGGGGGACGCUUGUCUCAUGAGGUACAUCCACCUGGGAUAGAUAGUGGCCCCUACGAGAUAUUCCCUGUACAAGUAGCUAUGGGCCAGGGACGCAAUGUAUGGGAGCCUUUUGAGAUAAAGCAGAUUAGAGAACUUAAAAAUGCAGUUACAACCUUUGGGCCGACUGCGCCUUACACCAUUGCCAUGCUGGAGAAUCUGUCUUCUGGGCCCCUCACCCCCGCGGACUGGAUUCAGCUGGCAAAGGCGUGUCUGCCCUCGGGCAGUUACCUGGAUUGGCGAGCCUGGUACGCAGAGUUCUCUGCCGAGCAGGCUGAGAAAAACGCCGGUCGAGGAAAUGGGGGCUGGGGAUUUAGCUCAGCGGCAUAAGCGCUUGCCUUGCAAGCAGGCAGUCGUGAGUUCAAUCCCUGGUACCGAUAAAAACAAAAAAAACAAAAAAAAAAAAAAAAAAAAAAGAUAAAAAUAAAAAAUAAAAAAUAAAAAACAAAAAGGGGGAGUAAGCCAAGGCCUGCCUCCAAAGGCGCGGUUAUCUAUGACAGGACAAUGGAUGGGCCCGGAUCCAGUGGUCAGCUGGAACCGAGGCGCGGUUUGUGUUUUCCCACAGGAACCGGGACGAGAACCACUGUGGAUACCGGAGAGACUGACACGGGCAACAAAGCCCUCGACUGAAGAUCAGACCUGCCCUACUGGAGAUCCAUCACAGACCAACCAACAAGAUGAAUAGAAAUAGCAGUAGCCCGAAAUGGACAAGAAGAUCCUCAGGCAUAUGCAUGGCUUGCUCAAUUGGCCCACGACCGAGUCUAGAUAUGGCGGGCAUCCCUCAUUCUCCUCCAUAAGGUGACAAUACACAGCAGGGUAGGUGAGUCAAUGACGGGUAAGAGCGUGCCUCCCCAGCACGACUCGACCUAAGCCAGGCCCUACCCCAUCCUGCACGUAAGCCGCUGGACUGUUAGAUGCUGCCCAGGUCUAAAUUUCUCUCCGAGGGGAUUUCUUUACGGAGAGGAAAUGAGUGCAAGCUUGUGUGCAUCCAGGUUCCGUCCAGUUUGUGCCUGGCCCUAGAAAAAGGACGAGGGCCUCAGGGCCUUGGCAGACCAUGGCAUGGCCAACCAGGGUCUAAGCCAAGGACCUACGGUGGGCCUACACAUAGGGCAUAAGCCUCUGCACCCAGUCCAGGAAGGGCUACGAUGCGCACAUUCAUAAAAAAUAAAAUAGGGGGAGAUGUUGGGAGCCGCGUCUGUGAUAGCUCGCCUUGCGCGGCGGACGUGCGGCCUGUAGGAAAGAGCAAA